UUAUAUGAAGCCGCAUCCUGACGGGGAAGUCAUAAUACAACAGAAUGAAGAUCUCUGUGAGUUUUACACUCUGGCUGCUGCUCAGCUCUGUCUCCGCAAAAGAAAGUACUGAAUGCCAGCGGGCUUUUCCCGAAGACAUCUACGCUGCGCUGAGAGAGAUGACCGCCUCGUUGGUUCAACUGAAGGCUGACAUGAGAUUCCUGCAGACUCAAGAACAAGCAGCACAGCAGAAGACUGAAGUGGACAAGUUGAAGCAACAACUUCAAGGCGAAUCAACUAUUGGACCCUUUCCCUCGGACACUACCCUGAUCUACAAACACGUUACCACCAACAUUGGAAAUGCCUACAACCCAAACACAGGUGUGUUCACUGCCCCGGUGAGAGGAGCGUACCACUUUGAGUGGUCGGUCGGUGCAAAUGGAGACAACAGCCACGCUUCAGGUGCUGUGUUGGUCAAGAACACAGAGAAUGUUUUCGUGGCAUGGGAGAAACAGAAGGAUGGUUUUAUGAGUUCCUCUAAAGGCGUUACGCUGUUGCUAGAGGUGGGAGAAGUCGUAUUUGUGCGUCUGUGGUCUAACACUUUGGCGUUAGACAAUGCAAAUCACCACAACACCUUCAGUGGUCACCUGCUGUUCACCAUGUAAGACAGAAACAGCAGCUCUGUGAUAGUCACACAGGUUGUUGUUGUCUUAAUCAAGUCUUCAUAGCUCUUCAUAGAUUUAAACUGAUUUCAUCUGCAUCCAAAU